AUUUUUAAAAAAUUGCUUUGUUCGUACAUGUUGUUCGUUCGUACAUGUUCGUUCCUUCACACAGUUCUUGACUACAGCUUAGGCUUUGCUCGACGUGUGUAAAUAAGUUAGAGGUAUUAGGUUAGGUUGCACCACCAUGACGCGUCACGGCCGCAACAGCACUGCCAAUCCAGUCCUCUCGUACCACGAGAGGAAGGCUGCGUCAGAACGGAGUGGAUAUGGCAGCUUGAAGAAGCGUCUCGGCAAGGACUCCAUUAAGGAGUUUGACUGUUGCUGCUUGACACUGCAGCCGUGCAAGGACCCGAUCAUUACACCUGAAGGUUACCUGUAUGACCGCGAGCCAAUCCUCGAAAACUUGCUGCAUCAGAAACAAGCCAUUUCAAAGCAGUUGCGAGAAUUUGAACGGCAGAAGGAGAAGCUUGACGCUGAGGAAGUACUGGUGGCCAACGCUGAUCAGAUUGCACGCAAGAAGCAGUUCCUUGAUGCAGAGCAACAGAUCACAACCAAGCGUGUCAAUCCGUAUGCGCCGGCAGCCACUGACACAGUGCCCGUUGCCACGGUUGCUGCUACAUCGGCCACAUCCAGCGGAGCAGGAACGUCGGAAGCGGCGCGGGCACCAGCCGCAGCGGGAGCAUCAGCAACAGGCGCAUCGGCGACGGGAAAAUCUGCAAACAGCUCAUCGAAGGACUCGAAAUCGUUGCCCAGCUUCUGGGUACCGUCUCUGACGCCCCAAGCCAAACCCACGUUGAUCAAGAAGCCGGACAAACAUGCAACAUGUCCAAUGUCUGGCAAAACUCUCAGACUGAAGGAUCUUAUUGCGGUGCACUUCAAGCGAAUCAACGAUGACGACGAUCGGCCAGACGUUGCCAAGAAGCUGCGCUAUCGCUGUGAGAUCAGUGGUGAUGAGCUGGGCAACCACGUGCCGUGUGUGGUACUGCGGAAAAGUGGUGUUGUUCUCACACUGGGUUGUUUUGAGAAGACCGUUCGCAAGGAUAUGGUGGAUCCCACAACCGGCGACAAACUCCAGGAGAAAGACAUUAUUCGAAUCAAGGGUGGUACUGGGUUUGCUCACUCUGCCGCUGAGGAAGGUCAGAAGUUGGAGGCAAAGGCGCCGCGUCCGGUUGCACAGUUCUAGGCUAUCCUUCUCCUCCUCCUCCUCCGCACUAAUCAUUUCUCUUAUCUUGUCCGUUUGCGUGUUUGUUAGCUUGUGCAGCAGUGGUGCACGUGUUUGUUUGUUUGCUUGCGUCUCCCAUGCUGCCGGGCUCUGUGACAUGCCCUGUCACUUGAACUAUGUACUUCAAGUAGAGCUACACGUGGCUGCAUCUGAGUCUGUAGGGUGUGGGGUGCACGUGACUUUGUUAUUGGCAGAGCUGUGCAUGCGCUGAGCGUCUCUCUUCUUGCGGACGUAUAACUGUUGAUAACUGUGCAUGCCUUUCGCUUUUGAAAUGGAUUUCUUGGUGUCUUU